UCGCGUCACCGCUCCCACCGCUACCCCCGUUUCCCCGUGGCCGUGGUCGGGCGCAACAACGAACUGCGUCGCGGAUUACGGUACUUGCCCCGUCCAACGCGGCACUCGGUCACGUUACCUCGCCGCGAUCAGCCCACCGCGGUCGGUGAAACUCUCGUCGUCCGCAACCCGUGCACGGCGGUGGACGGGAAACGGUGACGGAGUGAGAGUGAGAGAGAACGAGUGAGUGUGCGAGGGAGCGGCGGACGGACGGAGGGAGUGAGAGAGAGAACGAACGAUUCCGAUCGAAUCUCAGUGUUUACCCGAAACACUGUUUACGUUUCGUAAUAAACCAUUAUCGUCCGAAGUCGUGUUGUGCGCGUUCGCUUCUUCCAUGGUUCUCGGUCGACCACCACUGGAAACAACGAACCCGACCGACGUGCCUAAUUACUUCUUGUAUCACACCGUCCGUCCGCAACAAUUGCAAACGUUUCGCGUGUAAUUUAAUCACAUCUGUCGCGUACUGAUAUUGUGCCCCGUGUGCGCGCGCGUGCGUGUGCCAUGUACACACGUACCUCGUACCGUGUUAAUAAUAUGAGUGCGCCAGUGCGUUUCGCUGCACCGUUUCGCUGAACCGUUUCCGCCGCGUCCCACUCUUUACACCGCUGUCCCUUUAUCUCCGCCGCCGUUUGGGCUCUCGACCCUGUUUUGACGUCGCGUCCCGUACGCCCUCGCUCGCGUAUGGUCGUCGAAAUGCGCACCGCUCGGCCGCCGCCGCGAACGGACGUGUCUCGCUAGAACCCGCGGGGGCCGUCUCCGUCGUCGCCGACGGUCCGUGUCGGUCGGCCGUUUCCGACGUGGACGGAACACUUUGUACGUCUCCGACGGUGGUUACGUAGCAUGACAUAUAUCAACAACUCAAUCAUGUUGAUCGAAGAAGAAGUCGCUGGCACCAUGUCCAACAAACAAGACGACAAGAUUCAUGACACAAAUAUAUGGAAGUCGUUGCGGACGCAUAUCUUAUCCCGCCGCAAGAAAAACAAACAAGCUGAAGCAGAUGCUGAGGUGCUUAGAAAAAAAAAAUGUGUUGAAUAUCAGAAAAUGCAAGAAAAUAAACUGUCAUUAGCACAGAUAAAUGGUCGUUUAUCUCAACUACGAGAUAAGCGAGAUGAAUUAGAAGAAGAAAAACGUGCACUCUUGAAUCAAACCCACACCAAUGAUGAUUCUGGAGCUACUUCUUUAGUAGUGACUAAAAUUGAACCAAAUGGUGAACCUGUUAACAAUAAACUAGUAGUACCUAAUAAUAUCAAUAAUGCUGUAGUCACAAAUCAUCGAUCAAACACUUUACAUCAACAACAUAUAUUUAGACCACAAUGUACAAUUAAUUCACAGCCUGGCACAGGAUCUCCUGCUGCAGGCAGUGGAUUAAGUCCAUUGCCACAGCAGUCUUUGAUAAUGCAUAAUUCCAAUACCAGUAACACUGGAAGUAGUCACCAAACAUUAUUGGUUUGUUCUCCAUCUACAAUAAAUGAUGUUGCUGCAAACAAUCAGAACCAUGUGACUCGUUCUACUAUGUCAUCAGCUUCUUUAUCUAGCACAGUGACUUAUACAAAAUUUCCUUCAUUGUAUAGCAGUAGUUCCACUCAUUUAUUAGUGCCGAAUAUAGGAACCAGUAACAAAACGGGUAGAACUCCAUCACCUCAACCUCAAUCCAUUCAACAGCAAAACUAUCAACAACAGCAAAUUGUUGUACCCUAUCCUGCAUAUAAAUCUAUGAAUAGUGGCAAUAGUAGUUCUAAUAAUUUAAAUUCUGCAAACUCAACUCCUGUAAUUAAUAAUUUAAGCCAGUCAUUAUCUACUGGAACCAAUAGUAAUUACCCUAUUGAUAACUCCAAUAGACGAAGGGAAGAUAACUCCCAAGCAUUCAAUAGAAAUAUUUGGAUUAAUAAUAAUAGCAACAAUACUAACAAAAAUACACAAUCAAACGUUAGUAAUUAUGGAUCAUUUUACCAACCUAGUUCUACAACUGCAGUUAAUUAUUGCGUUAAUAAUGGCAUGUCAUCAUCAUCUACAUCAUUAUCUACAGUUAAUACAGUAUAUAGUUAUUCCGGGCCUCCACCACCGCCUUUGUCACGAACAGAAUCUACUAAUAGUGGCAAUUUAGUGGUAAGUGUGGCCAGUGAACAUGGACAACUAACGAAGCCUGUUACUUCCCAUCAACAACAUAAUCUGCAUCAUCGUACACUAUCCCAUCCACCUAUGUAUAUGAGUCCAGGCAUUCGAAAUCAAACUAGUAAUCAUACAUAUCACCCUAAGCCACCUCAUGGUGUUUAUUCAGAUGAUAAAUUAGUGUCUCCAGUAUCAAAUUUUUACCAACAGCCAGGUAAUAGAAAUGUUCACCCAUCGAAUACCACGACAGUUCCAUCACAACCUCAUCAGAUGAGCCAAAAAACGCACAACAUUGGUUAUCCUAUGCGACACCCCACAGUUCCAUCUUCAGCAUCUCAAUUAUCACCAUCAAUUAUUCAAUCGUCUCAACAACAUGCCUCGUAUUCUGUUCCGACGAGUUCAGUCACAGGGUAUUCAAAUAAGUCACCUGCUGCUAUUGCUUCAACUACUGAUAUUCCUAGGUACCAAUAA